AUGAUCAUCAAAGGGCUGUUAAGGAGGUACGAGAGGUGGAACCCUGUCCACCCCACCGUGGGGGCCUUCUGGGGCAUGGGAAUAGGCGUCGGGUGUGGCGUCGGAUGGGGCCCUGGGUUCGGUCCGGAGGUGAUAGGCUACGUUGGAGCUGGCUGCGGGGUGGGCUUCAGCGUCGGACUCACUCUGGCAGGGGUGGGCGUUGGGCUCCCCGCAAACGCCCUCAUAGAAGUUCCCUAUAACGGUAAUGUGCUCAUCUCCGGAAUUUCUCACUGUUUUUGCGAAUAAAUGAUCGAAAAAGUCAAGUCUAUGAAAUCGCAUGGUGUGUAUGCUAUACAGCCAGAUCAUGGGUUGGUCUGUGACAUGUGGUUCUCGCCUCUGCUGGUGGUCUUCGUCUUCUCAUCUGUUUGAUCCAAAGAAAUCAGUGAUGACUUCCCCGUUACAUGGAAUUGGAAUCGUUGAUGCACUAAGUUGAAUGUUUCCAAAGAAGACGUGGAUCCGAAUUUUAGACUACAUUCAACCUAUGCCCAGUCAAAAAGGCGUUUUCUGAACAUCAUAUUGGUGUAUAUAUCUCUCAGUUUAGCAAGUUCUUCUCAACUCAUACUCUGCUAGAAGAAAACCCACUAGAAGGGAGCAUUGUUGGUGACGGUUGGGAUGCGAGUUUCUUGUCUGUUCAUUCUCAGAACUCAUAUUAGUCAUUAACUAAAUCAGGGAAUGCCAAGUAAAUGAGCCUCAUUUUCUGCUUCAUAGUUUGGCAACUCUUCGUUCUCAAACAUUCUUCCUUUGUAGUUGGUGCAAAAAGAGAAAUCGAUUUUUUCUGACAAAUAGAAGCAAUUGCGAAGAAAACUGUAAUGUCAAUAAACUAAGCAAUUGCAAACUAAGAUUGAUUAGAUUUUGAUGAUUUUGUAUUGUCAAUAAACUGUGAUAAGCAUGCGUUUCCGAUCUCAUCAGUUCUUGUUCAUAGCCUAGCCCCGUGAUGCAAAUAAAAAUUAUCCUUGUUUCACAUAUCUUCUGUGUUGCUCCAAAGAAAUGACUAUGCUGUUUUCUUUUCAACUUCUUUUUCAGUGACAAGCCGCAGUGCUGAAAAUGCUUUAGGUUUUGCACGAUCCAUAACUGCGAAAAAUAUCUUUGAAGAGAGAUGGGACUGUGUGGUUCCACAAAUAUCUGUUCUGACUAAAACAGCCCACGACAGACUUUCAUGCUUCAAUGUGAAACUUCCUCUGAGCGAAGGAUUUGACUUGACUGAGCUGAGCAAGUCUGUAUCAUGCCGUGCUCAGUCAACUUUGGAAUGUUUGGACGCGUUUAUAAACAGGCACUUAGCGCCUGGGAGAGGUAAUCUCUAACUUAAACCUUCAUCCUCCCUUUGCAAAUGUUGUCUUUGUUUCAUAGCAAGCCAAGUUAAAAUCAAAUUAGCUCAUCAGAUUGUGAGGAAUCUUCGAUUCGGGGGAGUGCUUGGAAUUCUCUCACUAAUUGGCCUCCUAGAAUCUGUCCAAGCACACAAAAGGUUGACUACUUUUUUACCCAGUCAAAGCAACAGUCGACUCCCUCUAGAAUCGCCUUUCAUAUUGAUGUGAAGAGCACUCUCUCUAGAUUAGAGGAAACACUGCGCUAGAAACGAUCAACAUAGACCAGAGCGAUGUUUCGGAUGUUUUCACUGAUGACUCUUCCACAUGGUUCUUGGUUAUUGAUAAUUUCUUGUCCAUAAAAUUUGGCACUUUUUUAGACAUGAGCGAUGCUUUUAUCUUGGCCUGUAGCACGAGCAUUUAUGAUCCCACGUCUCCACUCAAAUGUCCUCCCAUUUUUGUUUGCAGGUUCCAGCCAAAGUUCGAGGGGAACAAAAGGGUGA